AUGGCUGACAACCAGUCCGCCAUUGCUCUCUCUCGAAACCCCGAGUUCCAUAAGAGAACGAAGCACUUCAAUGUGAAAUUUCACUAUCAGCGAGCCGUGCUGGAUACAGGCGAGAUUGAGCUUCAAUAUAUUCCAACUGGGGAACAGGCUGCGGAUGGUCUCACCAAGCCAUUGGGACCUACGGCCUUUGCCAAGUUUUGUAGUCUCCUGGGAGCGUUCAUUCGUAGCAAUAUCAUCGCCCAAUGGGAACAUGAGUGGAGAUCAGCCAGUAAAGGCGGCCAUCUAAGGAAGGUCGACAACACUCUGCCGUCGGCAUACACCAGGAAGUUGUACGGAAACCUGGCCAGGGGCCAGGCAUACUUGUUGACUCAGCUACGCACGGGCCACAAUUGGCUAUCCACCUACGCUAAGCUCUUUCGUUUCCGCGAGGACGAUCAGUGUGUGUGCGGCGCGCAAGAAACAGUGACCCACGUCCUGGUGGAUUGCCCAAUCUUGAAGGAUCUACGAAGGGAAUUGAGGCAGAAAGUGGGGGAUGCGUUCAGCAGCGUGUCGAGUCUGCUGGGAGGCUCAAAACAAGGUGAGAAAGGUAAACCAGACACCGUCUCGAGGGCGAAGACGGUCCAGGCCGUAUUGGACUUCGCCGAGGCGUCACAACGGUUUCGCAGUCGCGCGCCACAAGGGCAGCCUAACAAUGGAAGCGGCAACGAGGCCACGGCAGGCCGUGACGAGGCUCUAAGUUCGUUGUCAGGAAGUGGGACAAUCUACAUGUACGCACAGGGAUAUAUAUAG